AUGGGUUUUCAGAAAUAUACAUUAGCAGUAAUAGUGUUAGCACCUAUUAUAGCAUAUUUAGGAAUAAAAUUUCAUGAAACAAAUGAAACGCCGAAAUUAGAAUUGGAAUAUUGGGGACCAGGAGAAGAAAAAAUUGACGAUAAAACAAUAAAGCCAUUUAAAAUCAGUUUUCAAUCCUCUGAACUGAAGGAGCUUAAAGAAAAAUUGGAUAAACCGCGGUCAUUCACUCCCCCUCUCGAAGGUAUUGGUUUUGAAUAUGGUAUAAACACUGAUUACUUGAAAGAUAUUCUUCAAUUUUGGAGGACAAAGUAUAACUGGACAGAAAGAGAGACUUACCUCAACAGCUUCCCUCAGUUCACAACACAAAUUGGGGGUCUGAAUAUUCAUUUUUUACAUGCAAAAGUAGAUCCUGUUAAAUCAAAAGGUAAACAAGUUCUGCCACUGAUUGUUCUGCAUGGAUGGCCAGGUGCAGUUAGAGAAUUCUACAACUUGAUUCCAUUGUUAACAACACCUCAACCAGAUUCUAAUUUUGUCUUUGAAGUAGUUAUUCCUUCCCUUCCUGGCCACACAUUUUCACAAGGAGCUUCCAAACCUGGCUUAGCACCAGCGAAAAUUGCAGUUUUGUUUAAUGAACUUAUGUCGAGGCUUGGUCAUGAUAAGUAUUAUGUACACGGAGGAGAUUGGGGCUCUGUGAUAGGCAAUAAUAUGGCUAUUUUAAAUCCUGACAAGGUUCUAGGUUAUCAUUCAACAUUCUGUUUGGCAAGUAAUUUUCAAUCAAGAAUUCGCACACUUGUCGCAUACUUAUUUCCACGGUUUUUUGUUGAUGAGUCAUUGCAGGAGCAAUAUGUAAAGCAGUUCGCUAAUUUUUAUUUGUUAGAGGGAGGAUACCUACAUAUUCAAUCAACAAAACCUGAUACAAUAGGUGUCGCCAUGAAUGAUUCUCCGACAGGAUUGGCAGCAUAUAUCCUUGAAAAGUUCUCAACUUGGACCAAUAAAAACUGGCGAUCUCUACCAAACGGUGGUCUAGACAAUUUAAACAAAGUUGAACUCAUUGAUCAUAUUAUGCUAUAUUGGCUUACUAAAAGCAUAACAACAUCGAUGAGGAUUUACAAGGAAAAUUUCAGUGGAGAAUAUAUGAGUCUAGGGAUUGAAAAGCAAGUAUAUAUUCAAUUAUAUUCAUCUGAUACUCAUAUAAAAUUGAUGUAAUAUUGUGUUUGAAGUAGUUGAGAUGGAUUUAAGUCAAAAAGAUAAUGAAAUAUUCUAAACUUGUUCUAAACUGAAAUACAAGAAGAAUCUUUAUUUAUAUAAAAAGAGGAGAAGAACAGUAACUAUAUAUUUUUUUUAUAUUUUAUAUAAUAGAAAGUAGAUUAUUUUUUUUUUAUGAUUUGUAAUUGAUAUGAUUAAGUUCUAGUUGAAUUUUGUUAUAAGAUUACUCUCAUGAUUUUAGAAGUUUCUGAGUUUUAAGAUGGUGGGAUUUUCUAACAUCACUGACAUUUUUCCUCAAGGUAGUAUCCUAGGCCCUAUCCUCUAUACAGUUUAUACAGCUGACAUCCUUACCUAUCCCAACACUGUCAAUCCUACAAUCACCACAUAUGCCGAUGACACAUGUAUCCUAUCAGUAAAUAAUGACCCAGCAAUUGCAUCCCAAAUGCUUCAAUCACACAUCAUAAAUCUAGAAGGAUGGUGUCAAAACUGGAGAAUUAAAAUAAACUCCAAUAAAUCCCACCAAAUUACCUUUACCCUUCAUCGCUAACCAACAACUUCCUGUCUUACAGUUUCCUUUAACAAUACUCCACUUAUUCCUGUUGAGCAAAUCUGAUACCUAGGACUCCACCUGGACAAACGACUAACUUGGAAUCCUCAUACUAGACUGAAACGACAAGAAACCGCUCGACGUUUCCGAUUACUUUAGCACCUACUAGACAAACGUUCUAAUCUUCCAAUUAAUUACAAAAGACUCAUAUACUUGACUAUAAUAAGGCCUAUUUGGACUUAUGGAGUUGAGCUAUGGGACUCCACUAAACUAUCAAAUUCCUCUCGUAUCCAAUCCUUACAAUCCAAAAUCCUUUGUAAAAUCCUCAAUGCUCCCUACUUUGUUACAAAUAAAACCAUCCAUAAUGACCUUAAUGUUCCUUUUAUUUCAGAUCUGGCCCAAUCCAGAUACCUAUCCUUCCAUAAUAAACUUCAGAAUCAUCCCAACCCUCUCGUUUCUAACCUUGCUUCCUCUUCAAUUCCUGAUAACCCUCCGAGGCGUCUGAAAAGAAGAUGGCCCCGUGAUCU